AUGGACCCAGAGGAAUUUAGUAGGUCUAAAAGAAGGAACAGUCUACACUUAAGCACUGGCCAUGAUGUUGAAGCGCCAACAUCGUCUGAAAUACCAAGCGAAAAGACUGUUAAUGUGAGAUUGGACGAGGUAGAGGAAGAAAUGGAGGAUCAAACCUUUUACACAUGGACCAGGCAACACUUUUCAAUCCCAGUCUGUCAAAACUUUAUACCAGAUCGUGGAGCUAAGAGGAAGGAUGCGUGUAAGUGUGGUAACACAAAAUCUGAGCAUAAAAAGAUAAAAGAUGAGUUUUCUGAGGAAACACAAUGGUCUGCCAAAGAACACUGCAAACUUGUACCAACAACCAGCUUUGGAACUCUAAGUUUUAUAAACGAAGACUCAGUCAUCAUGCCCAAGUUUAUCCGAGUUGGUACAACCAUCACAGAACACGACCCUCAGUAUAUUAUCCCGGAGAAAAACCUGGAGCCGUUAAAGAGUUUGUUGUUAGAGCACUGGAAAUUAAACACCCCUGGACUUCUUAUCUCUGUGAUAGGUGGGGCAAAGAGUUUCCGUUUAAACCGGACAAUUGCACGAGACUUCCAACAGGGUCUAAUGGCAGCUGCCACGGCAACAAGUGCCUGGAUAAUGACUGGUGGACAAAACUGCGGAGUAAUGAGUCUAGUCGGGGAGGCAGUGACCAUGUCCUCCUUUAAGUCAUCAGUAACUGCCAUCGGUGUAGCAAAUUGGGGCAAAACCGAGAACAGACACAUGUUAACCACAACUUAUGCGGGGGAGGAUCUAAUUAUUGACUACAGGACCGGUCAAAACAAGCCACACGAGUGCUCUUUAAACCCACAUCACACACAUUUCUUCCUGGUGGACGAUGGAAAACCCCACACUGCAGGCUGUGAAAUAAAAUACACCAUAGAACUGCAGGAUAUCAUCCAGGACAUGUUUGCUCAUGAAGGUCAGGGUCUUCCCAAGGUGUGCAUUCUGCUGGAGGGAGGAGAAUCGAGUAUAGACUGCGCCGUGAAUGCCGUUAAGAAUAAGAACCCUCUAUUAAUUGUCAGAGGGACCGGGAGGGCAGCUGAUAUCGUGUGUUACGCUCUGGAUCACGCGGAGUCGUACGAGAGGGUUGUGGGAUCGGAGAUUCUGACAAUGUGGGAGUUAAAGGAGAAUGCCAGCAAAACGGUACAAAUUAUGAUAGAAAAACACUUUCACAAGUACGGACAAGAGAUUUGUAAGCGAAUAUUCAAGAAGAUUCUACAGAUAGUAGAAUGCCAAAGCAUGUGUAGGACCUACGAUACGAACAAGGAGACAGGACUGGACCAUGCUAUACUUAGAGCACUGAUUGACAGUAUAACCGAGGAAGGCUCAGCCUUUAGACAAAUGCACCUGGCCAUUUCCUGGAACCAGCCCAAUGUAGCAGAGAAGUAUAUAUUUGGUAAACACACUUUCAAACUAGAUUCCUUGAACCACUUUCUGAAAGUUGCAAUUCAAUUUCAGUCGUCAUCCUUCGUGAAAUUACUGCUACACCAAGGUGCUGAUUUAAAGCAAUUCCUUACAAUAGAAGAGCUAACAAACCUUUACAAUGACAUUCCAGAAGAUAAUGUAGUUUCUAAGCUCCUGCUUGUGCGCGGAACUACUUUCUCAUUAGAAAAUGUUGGUAUCCUUAUUGAGGAUAUAUUGGAGGGAGCUUACAGGAGCCAACUAAGGGACUUGGGAGGAAAAGUGUCUGAUACUUUCUCUAAUCCAUUUGACUUGAUGAUGACAUACGCUACACUUCGGGGAAACUUUGAGAUGGCGAUGUUGUUUUGGGAAUUCACUAAGUCACCGGCCAUUGGAGCUCUGAUAUCCUGCAGAAUAUGCGGCUUUUUGGCAAACAAUCAGAAAAAUAUAGACAUGACAAAUGAAGAAGCACUCGCUACAAUCAAUGAGGCAGCAGAGAUGUUUGAGAAAUACGCCGUGGGAAUCCUGGAUGAAUGCAGUUCAGAGCACGAGCCGUUGCAAAUGUUCCUCAGCAUUCCCCGGAAGGAUUACAACAAUAGCAGUAUAGUUGAGAUGGCUCAUAGUCUGGAGGCCAAACGGUUCGUAGCUCACCAGGCUUACCAGAGCUACCUGACAGAUAUAUGGAUGGGAGGAAUAGACCGCACAACCUCUAGUUUGAUGCUCCUUUUGAGCUGCCUUCCCGGAUUCUUCUUGUUCACUGACAUCUACAGGAAGAAAAAGAUGACUUCAGAAGAACGUGAAGCACACAGAGCGGCGAAGAAACACUUGGUGAAGACAGUUGGGAGCGGACAGAUGAUGCGAUCGUUAACAUACAGGGAAAGAUUCCAAAGAUUUUUCACGGCUCCAGUGAUCAAGUUCAUUGUGAAUGGAGCUUCCACGUUCCUUUUCUUGCUUUUGUUUACAUAUAUCGUGCUGAUCGCAGACUAUCACUUCAGCUUCGAUCCAGCUGUUCGGAGAUGCGGUAGCCUGAGAUAUGUUGAAUAUGGAGCCCACGAUUUUUAUGAGCAAUGCAUUGAAGGAGAAGACGAAGUUGAGGACGGAGAAGUUUCUCAUAGCCCAGCGGGAUGGUUGGAUUUGUUGCUCCUGGUGUGGAUUUUAUCAACAAUACCCGUCGAAAUCGACGAAACACUAAAAGAAACUCCCAUCCACCUCGCUACAAAGAUAAAGAAGCACUAUAGUACUGGUUACAAUAUCCUGGAUUUCAUAGCCAUUAUGCUUUUUAUGAUUGGAUUCCUUUGUAGGAUUUCGACAAAUGAAUGGCACACAAAUCCCUUCGAUCUCUUUACCUUUUUCAAUUGUGCAAGGUUCUGCUACAUUCUGUCUCUUGGAUUUUAUAUUUUUCGGUUCUUGCACCUUUUUGAGAUCAACUCUCAUUUAGGGCCAAAGAUAAACAUGAUAAAGAAGAUGAUGAAAGAUUUGGUCCUGUUCAUCUUCAUACUUAUCGUUUUUAUGUGGAUGUACAUUGUACUAUCAGAGGGAUUCUUGAAUCCUACUCAGACCGAUCCAUCAAAAUGGAGAGAAAUCGUGAAAUCCACUUUUCAGCGCUCUUUCUUUAACGUCUUCGGAGAAAUUAACAUCGAAGACUUGAACGAUGAGUUCCAAAACUACAACUGCGACCAUCUCUAUCGAUCUCACAUGAAACUUUGGGAUUCGGAUAAAAUUAACCAUUCAGAUCACGACCAUUCUUUUGAAACAUACCUUAAUGCUGCAAACGGAUUUGAAAAUGCAGAAGCUUGUAAGGAAAUGCACCUUGACGACAUUUUCUACAGAUCAUCAGAGUCAGAACGUGUAGUCUACAUGGAACUGAGCUACGUUAUUGUUUACGGAGCUCUGUGUUUCUACCUUCUCAUCUCCAAUGUCUUACUAAUCAAUCUCCUCAUCGCCAUAUUCUCCUCUACCUACGAGAGAGUGGAGGAGGAUUCCGACGUGAUCUAUAAGUUCCAAAGAUGUGCUGUGAUUUUAGAGUUCUCUGACCGACCUGUAGCCCCGAAUCCAUUCAACGCCCUGGAGUACCUUUUCAAGAUUUUUAGGAGAAUAAAGGAAACCGUGAACUUGAAAUUUAGAAGACAGGAUAGAAAGAAGAAGGGAGCAGAUGCAGAAAUGGAAUAUAAAGUGAGCCUCAUAGAAGCAGAGUGUAGAGCUCUGUUCCAGAAGAGUUUAGAGUCCAGUGUGGCUCCAGAAACGCGGCUGAUAAACGAAAUAAGACACGAAACACAGCUUAUCCGCGAGGAACUCCAACAGACUCAGAAAAUACUCAAACAAAUCGUCAACGAAACUGAAAUGACCAAUAAAAAGAAAGUCACACCAGUAACAGAGCUCUGGAAAAAGAUCUUCUCACACAAGUUCAGUAGACAAUCUCCUUAUCACGAAACCAAUGUCGACAGAUUCCCCGUCCCAGACAGUAAAUUGAAUUGGCACACCAAAUUCUCUGGCUACAAGCCAACUUUCUACGAUAACCCGAGAGCAAAUCUGUUCGACGAACCUGCUGAUCCGUAUCUGGUCUCCCACUUUAACGAGAAGAAAGACGGAGUCAACAGACAGAGCAACACUGCAGAAUAUGUUGUUAUGGAGGGGAGGCCACUAAAUCCCAAAGGGAGGUCGGGACUGAUCGGCCGGGGUGAACUUGAGAGAUGGGGACCAAACCACAUCACCUUGUCUCUUGUGUCCAGGUGGGCCAAAAAGGAUGGCAAGUUGGUCACUAUUAACAACCAAAGAGUUCUUGAAAUGAUAGCCAUACGUAGGGUAGGUUCAGAGAAAUGGGACUUGCCUGGCGGGUAUAUUCAACCUAACGAGUCUAUCAGCGAUGCUCAUAAAAGGACCUUUUUGGAGACCACGAUGGCGUUAAACAGGGAAACUGGGGAAGGGAGAUUGAAACUUCAACAACAAACAGACAGAUGGAUGCAAAGCGGGAUUAUCUUAUAUAAAGGCUACUUUGAUGAUGCAAGAAACACUGACAACUCUUGGAUUGAAGUGCAUUCAGUUAACUACCACCAAGAAGAUGGCACUUUGCCAGAGGAAUUCCAACUGUGUGGAGGAAUUGAGGAGAUAAAAUGGAAGGUGAUGGACGAUAAGCAAUCUAUGAACAAGAACAAUCUAUGGAUAAUGAAGAAAAUGUGUAUACACGCAGGGGCGUACAAUCCCUACAAAGCUCAGUUUAUAGUAAACGUUAACGGAACGCUAUCAGCUCAGUUUAUAGUAAACGUUAACAGAACGCUAUCAGCUCAGUAUAUAGUAAACGUUAACGGAGCGCUACCAGCUCAGUUUAUAGUAAACGUUAACGGAACGCUACCAGCUCAGUUUAUAGUAAACGUUAACGGAACGCUAUCAUCUCAGUUUAGAGUAAACGUUAACGGAACGCUAUCAGCUCAGUUUAGAGUAAACGUUAACGGAACGCUUUCAGCUCAGUUUAGAGUAAACGUUAACAGAACGCUAUCAGCUCAGUUUAUAGUAGACGUUAACGUAACGCUAUCAGCUCAGUUUAUAGUAAACGUUAACGGAACGCUAUCAGCUCAGUUUAUAGUAAACGUUAACGGAACGCUAUCAGCUCAGUUUAUAGUAAACGUUAACGGAACGCUACCAGCUCAGUUUAUAGUAAACGUUAACGGAACGCUACCAGCUCAGUUUAUAGUAAACGUUAACGGAACGCUAUCAGCUCAGCUUAUAGUAAACGUUAACGGAACGCUAUCAGCUCAGUUUAUAGUAAACGUUAACGAAACGCUACCAGCUCAGUUUAUAGUAAACGUUAACGGAACGCUAUCAGCUCAGCUUAUAGUAAACGUUAACGGAACGCUAUCAGCUCAGUUUAGAGUAAACGUUAACGGAACGCUAUCAGCUCAGUUUAUAGUAAACGUUAACGGAACGCUAUCAGCUCAGUUUAUAGUAAACGUUAACAGAACGCUAUUAGCUCAGUUUAUAGUAAACGUUAACGGAACGCUAUCAGCUCAGUUUAUAGUAAACGUUAACGAAACGCUAUCAGCUCAGUUUAGAGUAAACGUUAACAGAACGCUAUCAGCUCAGUUUAUAGUAAACGUUAACGGAACGCUAUCAGCUCAGUUUCUGAGUCUGCUGGGCGCUUUUCAGGGUGACUGCCUAUCAGUAUCUGGGUGUCUGUUUAGUGUUUACACUUUUACGUCACCGUCACCGUCACCGUCACCGUCACCGUCACCGUCACCGUCACCGUCACCGUCACCGUCACCGUCACCGUCACCGUCACCGUCACCGUCACCGUCACCGUCACCGUCACCGUCACCGUCACCGUCACCGUCACCGUCACCGUCACCGUCACCGUCACCGUCACCGUCACCGUCACCGUCACCGUCACCGUCACCGUCACCGUCACCGUCACCGUCACCGUCACCGUCACCGUCACCGUCACCGUCACCGUCACCGUCACCGUCACCGUCACCGUCACCGUCACCGUCACCGUCACCGUCACCGUCACCGUCACCGUCACCGUCACCGUCACCGUCACCGUCACCGUCACCGUCACCGUCACCGUCACCGUCACCGUCACCGUCACCGUCACCGUCACCGUCACCGUCACUCCCAGAAGUCACUGUUGAAGGAUGUUACUCGUCUAAAUUUCUUUGA